AAAAACUCCAAUCUUUCCCCCCACUUUUCUCAGGUGUACAAUCUCUCUCUCUAUCUCUCUCACAAAACUCGACAUUUUUUUAAUUUUGGUACCAAAUUCUUCAAAAUCCCCAAAUUUUCAUACCCGAACAAAACCUGAACCAAAUGGGGAAGUACAUGAAGAAAUCGAAGAUGGGAGGCGAAGUUGCAGUCAUGGAGGUGUCAUCAUCUUCUUCUGCUCCUUCUCCAAUGGGAGUUCGCACACGAGCCAAAACCCUCGCGCUUCAGAAAUCUCCUCCUUCUCCGCCGCCGUCUUCCGCAGCUGCUCCGUCGUUCGACUACAUUCAGUUACGAAGCCGCCGUCUCCAGAAGGUUCUUGUCCGCCCUAAGAACCAGCCGCCGGCCAAGCAGUCCGGCUUUUGCGGCGGCGCGGCGGGAGUCACCUCUCGGAUGCUGACCGAGCAGAAGAGGAUUUCCAUUGACGCUGAGGAGAACGCUGAGUUUUCGUUUGGGGAAAACACUUUGGAAGCUGAAGCAAGAGAUAGGAGCACAAGGGAAAGCACACCAUGCAGUUUAAUAAGGGAUUCAAAUGCCAUUGAGACACCUGGUUCAACCACAAGGCAAAGGACAUCAUCAACUUUCACAAGCCCAAUGAUCCUUGAACACAUUCAAAGAAAUAUUCCAACUACUUAUGAGAUGGAGGAGUUCUUUGCUUGUGCAGAGAAGCAGCAACAAAAAAUAUUUAUGGACAAGUACAAUUAUGACAUUGUCAAUGAUGUACCUCUCUCAGGACGGUAUGAAUGGGUCCAAGUACAUCACUAGCCUCAAGCUUUCAUAGUCAUAUGGGGUUCUGUGGCCUUCAACUUCAAUUGAUUUCAAGAACUUAUUAUGACUUGUAAUUUAACAACUAGUUAGUAGCUUUUAACUAACCAAUUAGGAUUUACUUGAUGCUCUUUUACAACAAGAAAAAAGGGUUAGUAACGUGUCUAGUGUUUUUGUAUUUGGGGGAAGUGGGGUAUAUCUAGUUGGUAGUUGCUAGGUUAGCUUUUAUGUAAUUUCAUUAUGUCUGUAAUUUGGUAGUUAUGGACCAUCAUGUGGAGAAUUAAUGUAGAGUACUUAUCCUU